GCGCUUUGAGAGCACAAUACGUCUUCAGGCCACUCGGGGAGAGGGAGACAGCAACAACGCUACACAAUCAGCGCAGCCAAGGAGACUGGAGAAAAACGUUCCCCCAAAUUCCCGACUCAGAGAGGGGAAGAAGCGCCAAACAAAAGCAUUCUUAGCUUUCAGCAAAACAAUAACUUUGGCAAAAUAAUUUACUUCAAAUACAAAUUCAAGGAGAUCGGCGUAACGGAACGGCGUCUCCAGCAAGAAUCCGCUACUUUUAUUCAACAUUCUGAUUCUGAAUACCUAAAACCACGGAUUGAGUGCUGCAUCAACACUGAAUGAAACAAAGCUGCUUAAAAAACAGAAUGGAAACGAAAAUGCUUAUCACGUGGGCACUUCUUCCACUUGGUCUUCUACUUCACUGUACUCAUGCUGGUCCAACAAUACAACCCCCUUCAUUAACCAUGACGACCACCUCCCCAAUCACAACAGCCGGCACCACAGCCCCCCCCAAACCAACUCACAAGGUCACCACGGCAGACCCUAAUGACCCCACAACCACGACAGCCAGCGUCGCAGCCACCCCCCCAUCAGCCACCAAGGUCACCAUGACACACCAGAAUGACCCCACAACCACAGCCAACCGUGCAGUAACCAACCCCAACCCCAGUUCAGCCAGUGGGGCCACAUCAGCCAACCUUAGCUCGGCCCCUCCUGGUCCAGCCGGGGUGAGCACCCCUACCCCUGGGAGCUCCAGUGGUAAUGUGGUGUCCACCCCUAUGGCUGCUGCUGGAACAGGGGCCUCUAGCUCCUCAGGAACCCCCACUCAGACCCCCCCGGACUCCACUGCAGGGUCCUCUCCCUCCCAUCCCCCCAACACAUCCAGCCCUGUGGGUUCAGGAAGCAGUCUUGCUACCGCCACGACCAGCACACAGGGAGGGAUGGUGUCUACAACCACGGCUGAGACUACAACAACAACAACGACGACGACCACAACUCCUCCCAGGAGCUUUACUUUUAGCAUGUCCAAAAUAAAUGAAGAGAAUCACGAGAGGAAGGACCUGGAGGCGCUGUGUCGACAGCUGAUGUCUCAGAUGCACGAUGCUAACUGUACUCUGAAUGUGAGGGAGAACAACGGACACACUACCAUUGACAGCGUGGUAAUGACAGGCAAAGUGGACAACUCUGUCGUCCAGCAAUACUAUGAGAAAAUCACCAGAAAACCAAGUGACAACAUGACCCUGAUUGCCAUCUUGGCGUCCUGCGGAGCUCUGCUGGCCAUGAUUGUAGGCUUCGCCAUCUACGCCUCAUACCACCGCAAGUCCUAUCGGAAGAACCACCAACAACACCUGACAGAGGAGCUGCAGACGGUGGAGAGUGGUUACCAUGACAACCCCACGUUGGAGGUGAUGGAGGUGCCGCCGGAGAUGCAGGAGAAGAAGGUGGCCCUGAAUGGAGAGUUCAAUGACAGCUGGAUUGUCCCCAUCGACAACCUGCUCAAAAUGGACAUGCCAGACGAGGAGGACACUCACCUGUAGAGGGGGCUGGAACAGACAGGGGUGCUACUAUAUUCCCUCAACCAACUGACUCUCCCUUCCCUGCACCGUUACAAGGGCCCUGUUUAGUUCAUAGUUCUAGCUCCAAACUUUGCAGGUAGAAAUGUAUUGUAUAUAGAAUGUAUACAACUUUAAAUAAUGGGAUUUGAGAAUUGCAGAAUUGAGACAGUUCUAUGCAAUGCAUUUCUAUCUGCAACACUUUUAAUGUUCCUCCCCAUUGAACUAGCCCCAAGGCAAUGACACACAGACGGCACCUGACAAAUCUGGGGGAAAAAACACCCAGAGGAUGACAAAACAGGUUAUGGAAACCCACCCGGCCUAAACGGGUGUCAGAGUCCCAUCGCUGUGGCCAUGGAAAAGUAACAGGCCAUUUUGUGGAUACUGCACCAAUCACCAUUGUGCCUAGUUUUAGGACAUAUGAAAUAUUUGGGAAAUGUAACUCUUUAACAUACACAAUCCAAUUUUAAGAGCCAUUUUUGAGUGUUUUUUUUGUUUGAGAUACUUUAUGUACUGCUACAUAGUUAUUGAUUUAAUUGGGAAAAACAAACCCUCAAACCACCAAGAUUUCAGGGUGGAGUUCAUGAAGUGGUCUAACUAAAAUCUGCAUGUCCUUUAUGCUGUAAUCAAUGUAAUCAUCCAAAAGUGCAUUGAAUUGUACACUUGAGCACCUGUAUAUAGUAUUUUCUUAUAUUUUCAGAGAAAAUGGAGGAAGCUGAAACUUUAUAAACUGUAACACUACACUCCUUUAUGGUUAAAUAUCAAUAGUAUAGAUUUAGAGAAAUUGACCUCAGGAUUAAGUGUAAUAAUCAUCCUGGUGAAUGAAUUAAACUACUAGUGAAUCUCAGCUCUGACGACUGGUUUAACUGAGCAACGUGAACCACACUAAUGAAACAAUGGUGUCCAUGGAGACACUGCUGAGACGAGAGCUUCUACAGAUAUGAAGGGAAAAUCAACACUGUGUAAAUAGUCGAUUGAAAGUUCUAAAGAUUUUACACCUAGGACCGGUUUUCUGGACAUACAGUGCAUUCGGAAAGUAUUCAGACCCCUUGACUUUUUCCACUUUGUUACAUUAAAGCCUUAUUCUAAA